UAUAUAAAAUAAUUGUGCCUAGAAUCUGAAAUACUAGCCACAAGGUUCAAGAUGGUACAUUUUUCAUCAUGUAUCUGUUGUAUCACAUUACUAGAUAUCAUAUAUGAUAUAUACUGUAUUAAUAUGAUCUGAACUGUGAUGCAUGUAAUGUGCACCAUAUUGAACUUUAUCUACUCUUCAGUUGGUCCCUGUAAGAUGUGGAUCCAUAUAUUCAGUAAAGAAACAAUUUCCCAAUAGAGGGAAUUAAAGGGCCAGGUCACCCAAAUUACAGAGAAAAAAAAUAUAAACUUAUAUUCUCACUAACCUGUACUGGUAUCUAGCCGUCCAGGUAGUUUUGGUUUUAUUUGCCCAGGUACAGUUUAAUAAAGGUGAAUAGAAUUUGUGGUGCUCAAGUGACAUUUAGAAAAUUCAACAACAGCUUGUAUUUCUGGUUUUCUCUCUACCUGUGCAAGAGAUAUAAUGUUUUAUUAUGUAUUGACAAAGGCAAGAGACAAUAACACUCCUUGUAAUUGUGGAGUGGUUCAAACAUACUUCUCUUUAGAUGUGAGGAAUUACAGGCCAUGGUGAAAAUGGCAGAACUACAUUGGGUCCCAAGUUAUUUUUAGAGCUCUUGUUGCCUGGGUUACAGGAGACACAACUCCAGUCAAUAUACAGCUAUGAUCCCUCCUGAAGUAAGGAUGGUGGAAUGAGAGCGGUGGGGGUUAGUUUGCAGUUCGGGUACAAGUAAACUGAGGUAAACUUGGCCUGAAAAUCACAGUUCACUUGCUCUGUCUGAAGUUUGUAUAGACAUAUACGAAGGUCUCAUGACUCAUUUUAACAUGUCAUCCUCACACAGUGCAUGGGGACUCGGUCUGACUGAGUGGUAUAAAAAGCUAAAAUACACAUUGCCUUAAAGCUGCAUUAAUCAAUAUUUUUAUAUUAACAAUAGAUCAAAUGACUACAUGUAACGUGACUCAUAGUGAUGAACCCACAGAGAGUUCCCCUCAGCUCUGCAGCCUGUCAGAUCAUUAUUAGUUCCUCCCUUUGUGUUAUUCGGUCCAGUUAAAAGUGUAAUCACAACCAGUUGUUUGAAUACAACAGCCAGACCCAAAUAACAAUCAGUCCGAAGUACUGAUAACACAUACACAUACCUGUGUAAAUGUUGAAAGUCAAAUCCCACUUUUGUGUCAACAAUCACUGUCUACUUUUUUUAUCUCUUCCCAAAUAAAUGUAACCGUAUGGUGGCACAACACUGAAGAUUUACAGUGAAGUAAACUUGCACUUUUGUUUUUGACCACAAGAGACAGUCAGCACACAAAAAUGUUAUUCUGUAAUAAACACUUACUGAAAGGGUGGCAGAACAUUAUAUGGCCCAUUUUAUCACUGCUUUUCUUUAAUGACUCUUGUUAUGUCUUUUGCUAUACAUUUAAUGGUGUUUAUUUAAUGUUUGCAACCUGUGUAAAGCACUUGUAACAGUCUUUUGAUUUUAAAUAUAAAAAAGGAGUUACAGUAAUUUGCUAUCAAUUUAGUGUCUAACGGCCCAGUUUGUACAGAUCCAGAGCCAGAUGAUCCCUCAUCUCUGUUCUAAUCACUUUGUAAGAUGGCUGCCCAGCCUAAUGAUAGUUUGAUAUACCACUAAUGUAGCGAAAUUAUGUCAUCACAUUGGUUAGCGGGCUGUUCAUCCUCUUCCCAUUUUAUCUAGACCAAAUAUUUACUCAAACACAGACGUGUUCAAAUACAGUGACUAAUCACACUCUGCUAAGUCAUUUGUAGCCGUGCCAAUCAGAGGAGUUGGUGUGAAGUUGCUGUGGAGUCUCUGUUGAAAAUCUGAAAAGACUGAAACAUGUGUUUGAGCUACGAAUGUCAUGUGGAUCCAUCUCAGUUAUUAUUGGACUCCACAUAAUUGUGUGUUUCUGACCACAAGUUUUUGGGUCUGACUAAGUCCACACUGUUAAAAAGUGCACGUGUGAGAUGAGGUUCACAGCGAGUCGUGUGAUUAUACAUUCUCUUCGAUGUCAAACAGGAAACUUUGUUGCCCCAAGUUCUUAGGCAAGCAAGUGAAAAUGUGAACCUAUGUUAUGUAUCAUUCUGUACAUUUACAUGCACCUAAGUAAUCAUAUUACAGCUUUCUGCAGUAACCUUAAUUUUAAAACAUCAUAUAAACCAGAAACACAUUUCCUAAUAUGGGUAACAGAGGUAGAUUUCUGUUGGAGAAAUCUGCUUCUCUUCACUUUAAUGAAUGAAUCCCUCCUGACCUGAGAUGAGAGGGAUGUUUCUCCAAAGAAACACUCCACAGAAACCACGAGACAUUUUAGAAAACAGUCCUCCCACCACAGGACCUUUAAGAUCCUGCAGAUAUUGUAAGAAGCAAACACUCAUUCAUGGCUGGCCCACUCAGUGCUCUGGGAAAAAAUAAAUAAUAAUAACAAAUAUUGUGUCACAGCUGUGGAAAAAAACAAAUAAAAUACAAAAGCAAAUGUGCAAAACAACUAAAAGAGUGAUGCCAGAGGACCUGAGGCUGUGUUUCGACUCACAGCUGUUAAGCAUUCAGAGAUUUAGCGAAGCAGUAAUCCAAAAGGUAAAUAGAUCAAUAAAUUGUGUAUUUUUUUGAGAAACUCAACAGAAUAUGGAUUUAAGAAUCAGUAGAUCUGCCAGUUUCACCCAGAUGUCAGAUGUAGUUGUUACUGGCUGCAGAGCUGGCAACCCUGUUCUUUAAUUUGCUGAUUUCUAUGUUCUAAUGCCCUGCGAGACCCACGGGUGCUGUUAGUGGUCAACUGAUGACUCACCAGUCCUCAAUAGACAUUUCAGCUCUCUGACAAUCACCACGACCAGUGUCCACCAUAAGGUCAUCACCCACACAAACACAAACACACCUGCGCAGAGAUUCAAGUUGGUGACGGUAACAUGCCAAGAAAAGUAGCAAUGCGCCAACAAAUGCAGUGAAGAAGAAGACUGCUAGCAAACAAACAUGGAUGUAAACAAUGAGAGCAAACCUCGGAAAAUGCUUACAGCAUAAACGCACAUGAGCUGCUCAUUAUGCACCACAGUCCCUCUAAGAUUAAACACGCCAACAUUGUAUCUCUGGAAGAGAUAUUUGAAAGUAAAUCACACCUCUACCUUGUCAUGCAACUAGUGUCUGGCGGGGAACUCUUCGAUCGUAUCAUAGAGAAGGGCUUCUACACAGAGAAAGAUGCCAGUAAGCUCAUUCAGCAGAUUCUAGAUGCCGUCAAAUACCUUCACGACAUGGGCAUCGUGCACCGUGACCUCAAGCCAGAGAAUCUGCUGUACUACAGCAUGGAUGAAGACUCCAAGAUCAUGAUCAGUGACUUUGGUCUGUCUAAAAUUGAGGGCUCUGGCAGUGUGAUGUCGACAGCAUGUGGAACACCUGGAUAUGUUGCCCCUGAAGUGUUGGCUCAGAAACCCUACAGUAAAGCAGUGGACUGCUGGUCUAUUGGAGUCAUAGCGUAUAUUCUGCUGUGUGGUUACCCUCCGUUCUAUGACGAGAAUGAUGCCAAACUGUUUGAACAGAUCCUGAAGGCAGAAUACGAGUUUGAUUCUCCUUACUGGGAUGAUAUCUCUGAUUCAGCUAAAGACUUUAUAGUCCACCUGAUGGAGAAAGACCCCAACAUACGUUACACCUGUGAGCAGGCUCUGCAGCACCCCUGGAUUGCCGGGGAUACCGCUCUGGAAAAGAACAUCCAUGAGUCUGUCAGUGCUCAAAUCAAGAAGAAUUUUGCUAAGAGCAAGUGGAAGCAAGCAUUCAAUGCCACAGCAGUGGUUCGUCACAUGAGGCGUCUCCAGCUGGGCACCAGUCACGAAGGACCCAACCCCACCCUGCCCGGUCCGUGCCGAACUCAUCUGCUAAUGCCAGAGGAAGACGCGGAAGCUUGUUGUGAUGGAGGGUGCUCCCAGAACGUGGACAGCGGAGCUGACCCUCUGUCCAACUGCACCUACCGCUGCCACCCGACCAGCAGGGUGUGAUCCCUGCACCAGCUCCACUUACCUGUCUAAUCAAUCCCAGUGACUUUCCAAUUUGAACCCCCUCAGUGGAACCAGAGGUACCAUCCCCCCUUAUCUGGUUGGGAAUACAGCGUCAUUCCAACCUCUCGCCUGCAGGGGGAGCAAGCUUGUCCAGCCUGAGAAGGAAGACAUAAAAUAGGAUGAAAGGAGGAGGAGGGAGAUUUGAUGAUGAUGAUGCACCAGAGAGGAUCACUUUUACAGACUGGGCCAGUAGUUUGGGAUGAGUUGAAAUGGGGAGAGGAUACGAAGGAAGGAGGGGAGGAUAACCACCUCCACCAGCAUGUCAGGGGGAUUGUUUUUGCCGAAGCAGGACAGAGCUUGUUGGACACUGUUUUUACUCAUGAUUUUUGAUUCAACCUGUCUCUUUGUUUUAUCGUUUCUUGUUUUAUAUAUUUUUGUGUUGUCUUUUGAACCUCCUACUGUUAGACUUUGGUGCGUAAAUCAAGAAACAAUAUCUGCAUGAUCAGGAGAGAGUUUCCCCCAUGCAUGUUUUGUUAUCUAGAAAUAUAAAUCUGUUGCAGAAAUGCAGCAUCUCAAUAUGAUGCAAAUGACUGGAGUGUUGUGUGCAACGUUUGUUAAGGUGGAAAGGCAUAUAGGAGUAUUUUGAGAUGUUGCCGUAUUUGAAAUGAAAUUGAUCUUGUAAUUUUACAGAUCUGCAUUGUAUGUCUUUUAAGUCGUGCUUUUAGACAAUCAGUAACAGAAUAGUUUAUGCAAUGAAAACUCCAUCUAUGUAGCCUUUCUUGUGGCGAUAUAGUGUUUCCAUGCAGUGGUUAGGCUUUUUGAGAGGAAAAGGCUUCUCCCUGCUCUUUUUUUAAUUUUUAUUUUUUUAUCCCAAACCUCUUUAACCACUCGAGCACAGGGAUAUAUCUUUGUCUAAGGUGCCUUUAGGAUUUACAGUAUGAUGGGUUCAUUUUUGGGUAGCUUCUGAAAUGUUUUGUCUCUUUCUGCAGAGUUUUUACAGCACAGAUUCUUCCUGCAACUCAUAUUUUGUAUGCAUCACAUUUUCAGCUUUAAAAUGCAGUUCUGUGCUUUUUGUGUCAAAGUUAAAUACCGUUAUCUCAGAAGGGAGGCCUGUGCACAUACUGUAAACUGCCAUUAUGGUCAAGUGUAUGUUGUUAUCCACUGAAUCUACUCUAAAUGGAUAUAACAUCAAUUACAAUAAACAUAACAAUAUGAAAUAGUUAAACCAACAAUAAUAUUGUUAACACCUUUCUGGAGGGCUUCACCAGGAGCCUAAUUUAUUUAUUUAAAAAAAUCCUCCAAAUAAAUGUUUUUCAGAAAUAUUUUCUUGCAUCUUGCCAGCUCCCUCAGUGACACACAUUAAAUAACUGCAUUCAUGUAUUUCAAUACUAAUCCUGCAGUACAAUUUGUGCAAAAACAUGUAUUUGCAAACCUGAAAAAGUAGUGAUCAGUGUGCUUAGCCAUUCUCAAGACUAGGCUGACUUAGUGGGAUUGUGUAAAUGCAAAAAUACCCAAAAGUUAAUAAAACUGCAACCAAAAUUUGAUAUGCAUCUGUCACCAUGUACUGUAAUUGUUAUUACAAUCUUUUUCUUCAUACAUUCUUCUGCAGGCACAUUUCCUCCACAUGCAGCCUGUUUAGAAGGAACCUGGAUUAAAGAAUGUGAAUCUGCAUCAGUGACUCACUUCAUCUUUACUCUACAUCCAUCAGUGCUUUUUAUGUUUGUGUGUGCACACUCUGUAUUCAUUUUUCAUUCAUCCGAUUCUUUUUUUUAAAACAUACAUUGACAAACACAUAGCGGUGUUUGUUCUUUUAUUGGUAAAUUGCUGUAAAUUGUUCAGAGGAGAAUGGUGGCGAGUUACAGAUGUAGAGGAGCUUAAUGCACAUUUGUUCGAAUCCUCUGUACUUCAUUUUUGGGGCCUGUUACAGUCAGGAAGUGAGGGACUGUCCUGGAUGGAUCACAGUGAACGUGAUACUGACAUCUUCCACCGACAUGAGCUUCAUCCGUCCUCUGAUCACUCCGUCAUGUCCUCGAAAGGAUCACAGUUUAUUUUUCAACGUGUCAUCCUCCCUCUCUGAUACAACAGUACAGACAUUUGGUACUGAUUCUGUUUGCAUGUUAUGGCUUGAAAUUUGUGAUUCCCAUGACCAACAAUGAAUAGUGGUGUACACUACUUGUGAUAAUGUAACAGUUGCCAUGAGAUGAUUGCUGGUAAAAGCAAAAGCUGUAAUAACAUUUCAACAGAUUAAAGCAAGUUCAGUGUGCUGCUUCACAAAGUAUUUUUGAGCUUUAUUCUGCAUUUCUAUUGGGUAGGCGUUGUAGUGUAUUUGGACAGUAAUGUAACUGGUGACUCCAAACUGUAAAGCGUAGUUAAAAGAGAUUUUUAGUGUGCAUUGUUUGUACCUCAUGAAUAAAUGUGACAGAGGAGGACCCAAACAAGCACAGGAAAGCUGACGGAUGGAGGCCGUCGUCGUCCACAGUCUUGUUAAUGUUGGCAGACGGACAGUAUCACAGUUAAUCUCCUGAUAAUAAAAACAACUCUUCUAAUUUGACAUAUUGCAUCAGCCUGUCACUAAACUCCUGCAGUCUGAUUUGGCUCCUGUAAUUUGCCUAGUGAUGAUAAUUCAUUUUGUAUCAUUAAUAUAUAAAGGUUUUUUAGAAACUCCAACUCCUUUUCGCUCAGCACGCUCAAUCCCAAAGGUACUCAAGUGAAAAUGUUUCCCACAAAUACUAAAAAAAAAAUUCCAGCAAAACCUAGAGGUAUAUAGUAAUAGAAUAGUUUGUUAUAAUUGAGCGCUGUGAGUGAGGAUUGAACAAACACAACAAAAAAACUGAAUGUUUGUUCUUAUUUUGUGGAAAAGGAAAACUUAAGAAUUUUUACAUUCCAGUGCAAUGAAACAAGUGAUGAAAUACAUAACCAAGUAGUAUCCCAUUACCUCACCACUCAACCACCUUGGUAGGAAAAUAGCAGGAGUGAUUUUAGAAGCACAGUUAGGGGAAAUUAGUGAUACUGAACUUGCCCUUAACAGUACUGCAGAGUGUUUAGAUCAAUUACCACAGCUUUUGCAUUAACAAUUAUCUUAAACAUUUUACAGCACAUGCAUUUCAUUAAUGGAUUUUACAGUGCAUCAACCUAAAGGAAGGUUUCUCCUUUGGUCGAUCAUUAUCUGCUUGUAGAGGAUGACCAAUGUGUGAUAAAAUUUAAUUGCACAAAUGAGUAUUUGUACCAUAAAUAUGUUGCCUUUUAAGAAAUGCUGUUUUCGGCUACGGUACCUUCUGUAUACACAGAUGCAAUGCAUCAUGGGUUGUUGAAAGUGUGAAAGCCGGUGACUUGUGCUUGGGACAGAUUUGUAAGUGAAACAUACAUUAAAAUCCUUGUCUAUGCAUUA